AUGAGUGCUGUAAUAAUAUUCCAGGAAAAGUGUAUGGAAUGUGAUAAAAAUGGGCGAGACCGUAAAUUAUCUGAGACGAUUCGCCGUGGAGUCAAACGGAAGUGCCGACCUGGUUGUGAGGGCGGCUUGCAGCUGGCGUUCCCCUCUGCAGUGUCUAACGCAGCUCAUCCGUUACCAAUGCGCGUCAAUUUGGUCCCGCAUUGCCCACCCGAACCAAUCUCAACCAACUUCAAGCCAGACUCUCCCUUUAUGAACAACAUGGAUGAAAUAUCAUACUGGGUUUACACUAAAAGGGCACCCUGUCUCUUUCACUAUGACAAUGAUGUCAAAAGACAGGUUGAACAAGCCCAUUGCUCUAAAACUAAACAGGUGAGUGUUCAGAGUCCUUGUGAGGAGGUGCCUUCACCGAAGAAGAAGAAAAGGAAGCUAAAAUUGUUAGACGAUGACUCAUCAUCUGAGAAGCAACCAAACAUCUACUUUGAAAGUCCGCAAAAUCAAAAGCCUGCACAGAGCAGUUGUAAAUCUGAUAUUGCAUCAAAUAUCGAUUUUAAUAUUAAAAACUCUCCUCAAAACACUUCAAAGAGAAUGAAAUUACAAAGAAAUUGUCAAACAUCACAAAAGAAAAAUAAACUAGUAACAUCUACACCUAAAGUCACAAAUUUAAGACGAAGCUUGAGGAAAGCUCAACAAAACAAUAAUAAUAGCCAACUGAAUAACUCUUUUGAUGUAUUUAAUGCUAGCAUAGUUAAUGGGAAAGGCGAGAUUGAAGAAGACAUUGAACGAGAGCCAGAGCUGUUGGCCACUGUAAAUCAUAUUGAUACAAAUAAAAGUGAUCAAAACAAAAGUAAAAUACCUGAUAAAAAGAAAAAUGUACUUAACGGGCAGUUUGAGGAUUUAAGUGAUGUGUCAGGCUUCACAGCAAACUAUAUUAGGUCUACUAAAAUUCAUUCUUCAAAAACACCAAGGAAAUUAAGAAAUAGGAACAGUAGAAGUCUUAUUAAAGAUGCAAAAAAUUUAUCAACAGAAGAUAAAAUGGUAGUAUGUGUUAAUAAAUCUGUGAAUGCAAUACCAGAUACUGUGCUCAACUGCAGUACAGAUUCCUCUCAGAAUGUGUUAAACUUAGUUACUGUAAAAGACAAUGAUAAAUCUAACAAAACUAAUAAGAGUACUUCUGUGCUUAAAUUUAUGGAUUCUAAGUUAGAUAAAACAAAUAAAGGCGAUAAGCGAGGAAAGGGCAAUUUGAAUGUUUCCUUUCAGUCAAAAAGCAGUGGAAAUUCAAGAUACCCAAAACGUCACAAAAAUAAUGUAUCGAAUGUGGAGCAGAGUUGCUCUAAUAUGAAUGUAUCCACAACCACUGUAAGGUAUAGCACUCGUCAAUCAAAACUUAAUGAUUCUGAUAGAAAAGAGAAUUCAGAAGGUAAAGUUACAUCUAGGACCAGAAGUGGGAGAAAAAUUGGUGUGAAAUUGCACUUUGCAGAGACUGGAUGCUCUGUUUUAAAUAAUUCUAGUGAGCAGUUGAGCUCAAGUGCGUUAAAUGUGGCAAGCCCCAUAAAGAGGGGUAGAAGACAAAAUAACUCUUCAACCAGAUGUCUCCGGAGUAGAAGGGACAAGAGUGGUCAGUUAAGCAAAGACUCAACAAGUGAGAGCGAUAAAAAAGUUCCGUUGCUAAGUAAAGUGAAAAAAUCCCUAGACAAAACUUUAAGAAGGGACUCUUUGAGAGACAAAAGUGGUUUUGCAGCGUGUUUCUCAGACAGUGAUAGUGACAGUGUACCGCUUAAACAAAAAAAGUUCUUUUGU